AUGGCAUGUACUAAUGAUGGUCCUAAUAAAUAUCCCGAAAUUGUGAGUGUUAAGCACCUGUUCCAACAUUCGGGAUCCAAGCAUGAAUUUAGUGCUGGUAAACGAUUUUCAAAAUCCAUUGGUAAAAUAUUCAAACGAAACUCUGCUUUGAAAACUUCUAGAACUGAAACGGCAAAUCAUAAAAUGGAAUUGAAAAAAAGAGAGGGUGUUACCUUAUUGCCACCUGUCCCAGAAUCAUUAUUACAUAAACUCAAUUCUUGGUUGGAAACUUUUUCUUCCACCAAGAACAUGAAAAUCGAAGAAAACAAAAUUGUUAUUAAUGAAAAAGAGAUUCGGGAUUCAGUCUCUUACUACCCUGAUAAGAAUGGAGGAAGUGCUGUAUUUUGUUACUUGCCCGACCUUGUGCUAUAUUAUAAGCCGCCUAUAAAAGUCACAGGCAAGCAAUGUCCAAUAAAGAGAAGUCCUUGGGAAUCGAUGGAAAUCCAAUAUCAAAAGUUUAUGUACCCCUUAGAAAGGUUGGAAAGACAGUUUGAGGAAGUUCCAUUUAGGCCCUGGUAUUUUGCAAUGCGAUUAAAGGAACUUUACAGAUGCUGUGAAAGGUCUUUUACUAACGCGGCAAAUAGAGGAAAGGCAAGGUUAUUGCGGGGGAAGCAAAGGACGAAAAAAUCGUAUCAUAAGACUGUCAACCUGGUAUCAGCGAAGAUUUCCACCCAUUCAAAUGCGCCGUCGCCGGGCUGA